AUGCUCGUGCGUUUCUCAAUUCGUUCUCGCUGUUUAUUUUCAACAUUGGUUGAGACUAAUAAUCAAUUGAAACAAUUAAAUGCGAAGAAACAAUAUGAAAAAGUGAUUGAUCUCUUCGGAAAAUACACGAAGAAAAAUCUUCCUGAUGAUACGACAAUCAAUCAAAUGCUGAAAGCUUGUGUUGAAUUAGGUGAUACGAAACGAGGAUUGGACAUUUAUCAACGUUUGUCUUCUCAGUCGAAAGAAAAUCAUCUAAUUCAAACGAAUCUCAUUCGUCUCUUUAUGAAUUCAGGAGAUUUAACUAAAGCUCGAGAAAUCUUCAAUCAAAGUCGAAAUACAACGGUUGUUAUGUACAAUGCAAUGUUCCAUGGUCUUUCAAAUAAUCAGAAAGGAAAGCAAGCCAUUGAUCUCUUUCGACAAAUGUCCAUCGAACCGAAUGAAUAUACUUAUACUAUUCUUUUCAAAACAUGCUCCGGAUUAUCUGAUCAACAAUCAAUGGAUUUCGGCAAAGAUUUACUCAAAACUCUUCCGAAUCAAUAUCGAAAUCAUACGAUUAUUCUUAAUUCCGCUUUACAUAUGUUAAUGCAACAUGGGGAAGUCGAUUUAGCUGAAAAAUGUUUCUCCCAAAUGGCCAAAGAUGCAACCAGCUAUGGAGUUAUGAUGUCAGGUUAUGUGAAAAACAAGCGAAUUCAAGAUGCCAUGGAUUUGUUCGCGAGAAUCAAGAACCCAAACGAUGUUAUUUAUAUCGUUUUUUUCAAUGCGUGCAGUCAAGCUGCGAAUUUCAAAGCCUUGGAUGUUGGCAAACGAGUGUUUUUCCAAUUAUGGACGAAAUCCAAUGGGAAGAUUUCGAACGAAAAGCUGCUUCAUGCUGCAUUGGCCAUGUUCGCGAAAUGUUCAGACGUUGAGAAUGCCGAAAAACUCUUUGCAAGAUUACAUCGAAAUCAAAUGACAUAUGGAUCAAUGAUGGUCAUGUACAAUCAACGAAAUCAACCUCGAAAAACGUUGCUUCUCUUUGAACAGAUGAAAAUGGAAAAGAUCGAACCGAAUGAACAAAUCUUCAUCUUAAUCCUCAAUGCGCUUUUUCAAUUGCAUGAUUCGAUCAGAGCAAAAGAGUUCUUUGAUCAAAUUUCGAAGAAAUCAUCAAUGGUUUAUGACGUUAUGUUGAAUGGCUUGGCGAGUCAUAAUCGUGCGGAAGAAGCCUUUGAUCUCUUUCGCUCGAUGUCUAUUUCACCAAGUGAAUAUUCGUUGAGUAUUUUAUUCAAAAUUUGUUCUCGACUGAAUGAUCGGCAGUCCAUUGAAUUUGCGAAGAGUAUUUUCCAAGAAAUGCCGAAGAAAUAUCGAGAAAAUACAGUUCUUCUCAAUUCAGCUUUACAUAUGUUUAUGCAACGUGGAGAAAUCUCAUUAGCUGAAAAGAUUUUCUUGCAAAUGACCAAAGAUGCAAUCAGUUAUGGUGUUAUGAUGUCAGGUUAUUUGGCAAAUAAUCAGCCAGAGCGAGUGAUCGAUAUGUUUUUGAAAUUAGAUGAUCAAACGGACGAAGUCAACAUGUUGUUAUUCUUUGGCGCAUGUGCAGAAUUAGGCAAUGACAAAGGUUUGAAAGUUGGCAAAGAAAUCUUUUCGAAAAUCUCAUCACGGCGACCGAGUGAAAAAGUUCUUCAUGCAGUUUUAAACAUGUUUGCCAAAUGUUCAGACACGAAAAAUGCCGAAAGUUUAUUUUCGAAAUUGAAGAAAAAUGCAUUGAGCUAUGGAUGUAUGAUGACUAUGUAUAAUAAUCAAAACGAACCUGAUCAAACUUUAUCGUUGUAUGAAGAAAUGAAACGAGACAAGAUCGAACUCGACUGUCUCAACUGGGUUUUAGUUCUCAAUGCAUUAGCCGAUCUAAGUGAUCUUUCAACAUGCGAAUCGAUUACUUCCGAACUGCCUGAGAAGUAUUUGAAUGAUAUUCAAAUUCAAAAUGCGUUGAUUAAUAUGUGGGGCAAAGCAAGUUCAGCUUAUCGAGCAAGAAAUGUCUUUGAUCAGAUUUCUCAGCCAACUAAUAUGUCUUAUUCAGCUAUGAUUAAUGCAUACGGUCUGAAUGGAUCAGGUCGAGAAGCUGUUCAACUUUAUCGUCAAAUUCCAACAGAAAUCAUCGAUGAUAUUAUUAAUCUAUGUGUAUUAAAUGCGUGUUCACACUCAAGUCUAAUCAAUGAAGCAGAAGAAAUCUUCAGAAAUAUUCCGAUCGAGAAAAGAACAGAAAAAAUUUAUUCAACUAUGAUCGAUUGUUAUAAUCGUUCGAUUUUAGUGAAUAAAGCUGAAGAAUUACUCAACCAAUACGAAGAAUCGCAUUCACCUUGUUAUUCAAUGUACAUGUCAUUUCUUUCUGCGGCACGUAAUCAACGAGAUCCAUUGCUAGCGCAGAAAAUGUUUGAUCGUAUCGAACCUUAUCUGAAAGAUCAAGAUAUCUAUGCAACGUCAGCUCAAGUACUCUUAGCGAAUACUUAUGCAUUAGCAGGUGACUCAGCAACAGCAUCGACAAUUCGAACCAAAAUGAAUCAGUCGGGUUUGAAGAAAUUAGCUGGUCUUUCUUGGACAGUUGUCAAUGGAAAAGUAUCGAAAUUCCGCGCACAUGAUCGAUCACAUAAGCAGUCAAAGGAAAUCUAUGCUGAAUUAGAACGUCUAACAAAUGAAUUAAAGGGACAUGGAUACCAAUGUGAUGCAUCAUGGAUCAGCCGACCGAUGAUGAAUGACGAAACUGAAGAAUGCGUUUUGUCAGGUCACAGUGAACGAUUGGCUAUUGCAUUCAACUUAAUACAACGUCCGAUACCGAAACGUAUCCAAAUAAUGAAAAAUCUUCGUGUGUGUGGUGACUGUCAUACGUUCACUAAGCGGGUGGCUGAAGUUCGUCAAUGCACAAUAAUUGUGCGUGAUGCUAAUCGCACACACCAUUUCUAUCCCGAUGGUCGUUGUUCUUGUGGAGAUUUUUUCUAG